UGUUAAAGAAAGAUAUAAAAAAAAAUUAACAAAUAAAUUUUUUCAAAUAUACAAUGUAAUUUUUCUUUAAUAUUCUAUCAAUUUUUUUCCAAGAUGACUAUAAAAAAGACAAAUUGGAUGAAUAUUUCAGGAUAAGAAAAGCACCAAGUGAUGAUGACUGUUUUGCACAAGGGGCAGUAUUGGAUCCCAACCCCUUCUCAGAUUCUGAUUGGGCCCACUCAGUUCUCUUGCCCUCUUUGCUUCAAGACUUUCAACAGAUACAACAACAUGCAGAUGCACAUGUGGGGCCACGGGUCGCAGUACAGAAAGGGCCCGGAGUCGUUGAGGGGGACGCAGCCGACGGCAAUGCUGAGGUUGCCGUGCUACUGCUGCGCGCCGGGGUGCAGGAACAACAUCGACCACCCGCGGCCGAAGCCCCUCAAGGACUUCCGGACCCUCCAGACCCACUACAAGAGGAAGCACGGGAUCAAGCCGUUCACGUGCCGCAAGUGCAGUAAGGCCUUUGCGGUCCGCGGGGACUGGCGCACCCACGAGAAGAACUGCGGGAAGCUCUGGUACUGCACUUGCGGCUCGGACUUCAAGCACAAGAGGUCCCUCAAGGACCACAUUAGGGCCUUUGGCAAUGGCCAUUGCCCUUGUGGCAUUGAUUGCUUUGAUGAAGAGGACGAGCCUGCUUCUGAAAUCGAGCAUGAUUCAUAAUUACCUAUUCAUAAUUAUAAUUAUAAUUAUAAUUAUAAUUAUCAUUAUAAUGUGGAACAAUUAUAUUAUUAAUCCUCAUCAUCAUAUUAUAAUUAUAAUUAUAUUAUUAUUAUUAUUACCUUAUAAUAAUAAUUUGAAUUGGAU